AUGGAAGUUGAUCUCAUCAUUGACAAUGCCACGGUGGCGACAGCAUCCGAUAUCCAUCAGAACCAAGAAAUUGUCGUUCGCGAUGGCAAGAUCCUUGCCGUUGGGCAAGGCUUGAAGUCCGUCUUCUCAGCGAAGCAAGUCAUCGACGCCCAGCAUGGCUUUGUCAUGCCCGGCGGCGUGGACUCUCACGUUCAUCUCGACCAAGACAAUUCACCAACAGGAGACAACUUUGAGACGGGCACAAGGUCAGCCGUCGCCGGUGGCACAACAACCAUCCUCGCCUUCGCCACCCAGGACCGCAACCAGGAGUCCCUCCACCCAGCCGUCACGGACUACCACUCCCGCGCCAACGCCAAGUCCUACUGCGACUACGGCUUCCACAUCAUCCUCACGAACCCGACCCAAACCAUCCUGCGCGACGAACUCCCCCACUACGUGAACGAGGGCAUCACCUCCGUGAAACUGUACAUGACCUAUGAGCCGAUGCAGCUCCGUGACGGCGAGAUCCUGGACGUCAUGAUGGCGACGCGGAGCCUGGGCAUGACGACCAUGGUCCACGCCGAGAACGCCGACAUGAUCUCCUGGAUAACCCGCCGGCUAGCUGAGCAGAAGCUCACGGCGCCGUACUACCACGCCAUCAGCAGGCCCAACAUCGCCGAGGACGAGGCGACGUACCGCGUCAUCGCGCUGGCCGAGCUCUCCGACGUGCCCAUUCUCAUCGUUCACAUGUCUUCGAAGACGGCCGCGACGCACGUCAGAAGCGCGCAGACGAGGCUGCUUCCCAUCCAUGCGGAGACGUGUCCGCACUACCUUUACCUCACCGCCGACGCGCUGCGGCCGAACGAUCCCGCACAUGACGCCUUCUCCGGCGCGAAGCACAUCUGCAGUCCGCCGCUGAGGGAAGACCGCCUGGAUUUGGAGGCGAUGUGGGCGGGUAUCAUCAACGGGACGUUCACGACGUUCAGUUCGGACCACGCGCCGAGCAAGUACGAUCACCCCUCGGGGAAGAAGGCUGGCCUGGGCGGUGACGGGUCGAUGAGAUACGACAACGUCCCCAACGGGCUCCCGGGCGUGGAGACGCGCAUGCCGGUGUUGUUCCAGGGGGGCGUGCUGUCGGGAAGGGUGUCUCCGCAGAAGUUCGUCGAGGUGACGGCGACGAAUCCCGCGAAGCUGUAUGGCUUGGGCAAGACGAAGGGUACCAUCGCUGCGGGCUACGAUGCCGACUUCGUGAUCUGGUAUCCGACUGCUGAGCAGAACUCCGGAGGGGUGACGAUGGAGCCCUUCGUGCUGGAAAACGAGAUGCUUCAUCACGAUAUUGACUAUUCUCCCUUUGAAGGCAUGAAGUUUGAAAAUUGGCCGAGGUAUACCAUAGUCAGGGGCAAGGUUGUCUGGGAUCGCGAUAAUGGGGGCGUUGUUGGUGAGAUGGGGUAUGGCGAGUUUCUGCGUCGUGGGAGGAGCACGUUGAGCAAGCCGCGGAACCAGUGGGUAAACGAGUUCCAGCCGGUACCGGAGGUUAAGAACUGA